AUGAGCAUAUAUCAAAAUAUUUUAGAAACAAUUGGUAAUACUCCAAUUGUUAAAAUUAAUAAAAUCAAUACAUUGGAUUGCGAAAUAUUGGCAAAAUGUGAAUAUUUUAAUUGUGGUGGUUCUAUAAAGGAUAGAAUUGCAAUAAAGAUGAUCAAUGAAGCAGAGAAAGAGAAUAAAAUUAAACCAGGUUUAACAACACUCAUCGAACCAACAUCAGGUAAUACAGGAAUUGGACUGGCUAUAGUAGCAGCUAUAAGAGGUUAUAGGAUGAUAAUUACAAUACCAGAAAGAAUGUCAAUUGAAAAGUUGGAUGUUUUAAAUGCAUUGGGUGUGGAGAUUUAUAGAACCAAUAAUAAUGCAUCGCAUGAUUCUGAAGAAAGUCACUUUGGUUUAGCUAAAAAGUUAAAUAAGGAAAUACCAAACAGCUUUGUUUUAGAUCAGUACAAUAACCAUUUUAAUCCAGAGGCACACUACGAAUCAACUGCAAAAGAACUAAUAGCGCAAUGUGAUGGAAAAAUAGAUAUGAUAUGUUGCGGUGUAGGAACAGGUGGUACAAUAACAGGUAUAGCUAAAAGAAUUAAAGAAACACUACCAAAUUGCAUAAUUGUGGGUAUUGAUCCAGUAGGUUCCAAAGUUGCUCAACCUUCAUCUUUAAAUUGUGAAGAAAAAUCCUAUAAAAUCGAAGGUAUAGGGCAUAAUUUUAUUCCAGGAGUUUUAAAUAGGUCUCUGAUUGACCAAUGGGUUAAAACUGAUGACGCAGAAAGUUUUUUAAUGGCUCGUCGUUUAAUUAGAGAAGAAGGUUUGCUAUGCGGUGGUUCUUCAGGUUCGGCAAUGGUUGGUGCUUUAAAAGCUGCUUCACAAUUAAAGAAAGGACAACGUUGUUCAAUUACAUCUUUAGGAAACUCUGGUACAUUAAUGAAACAAAGUGUAGUUUCAGGUGAUAAAAAAAAAAGAAAAUAA